AUCGUAUAAUACACAUGAAUAAACUAUAAAAAAAGAAGAAGAAUAGGAAGAAGAAGUUGAUAACUGUUCUGAGUUUGAAAACACAAGACCAGAUAAGGAAGAAGAAAAAGAAGAAGAAAAAGAAAAAAGAAGAGGAGUAGGAGGAAUAGAAAAAGAGGAAAUAGUAGAAGGGGGGAGACAUUUGUGAAUAAAUUAAAUAUCGCCUAAUUGCGUCUAAAUUGGCGCAUAAGCGAUAAACAAAAUAAUAGCAACGAUAUCGGAAAUAAAGAACAAAGAUAAGAGGAAAAUUGAUAUUUCCUCAAAGAACUUAUUAGUAAGUUCUUCAACGGGAGACGGACAGAGAACAACCAUGUUGGCUUGCGUAUAUCCUGCGGAAAACUUCAAAACCAAGACGGUUACUGUUAAAUUACGUCAUGGAAGAUCAAGGAGAAAGCCGAAACUGUUGUCUGUUAAGGAGAAACUUCCGGAUUGCAAGGAACCCGAUGCCAAUGAGAAUGCUCGCUUCGAGAAUGAGUUACCAGUGGGCGGGGGUGGUGCUGUGCUGGUGCUCAGCGAGCUUGAAAGCAUGGCGGCCAGGCAACAACGGGAAAUCGCUCAACAGAGGCGUCUCCUUGAACAAAAGGAGGCCCGUCUAGCCGUGCUUCGAGGCGCACAGGAGCCAGCACAGCAGGACAAACUCGCUAGAUUGAGGCACAGACUUGACCAGCAACAGAGUAAGCUGAAUCGUCUGCGGUUACUCAGAUCUCAGACCGACCAGUCACGAGCCAACAACGCAACGUUGACAUCGGACCUGGAUUGUAUAAGAGCUCUGUUCAAUGAAAAGGAAAAAGAGCUUUCCCUGGCGGUGGCGAAGGUCGAAGAGCUGACGCGACAAUUGGAAGAAUUAAGGGGUCGUCAGAACGGUGGUGGUACCGGAACGGGGGUUGGUGGUGGAGGUGGGGUCGCCGGUACCGGACCUGGUGGUAUCGCUGCGGGACACUUGUCGACACCAGCCAGUGCUGAACUCGAAAAACUUAGAAGGGAACUCAUGUAUCGCAACAAGAUGAACGAGCAACAAAAUCAAGUAGUAUCACAACAGAGAUUAGCACUGGCUCAGAGACAAGCAGAAAUGGCGUCUAUCGAUGCAAGGAUAGCGCAACUUCAGGGUCGAUUGCAACGUAAAAGAGCAUUGAAUCAACGAUUAAGCCAACAACUUGGUUCGACGAAUCGUACGAACGCAACUACGAACACCGUUUUCACGGAAACUAAACUCGAUUUUAAUGCCGGUAAUAAAGCGAGACCUACGGGUAACAUUGCAGCGAUCGAACCUUACUCGCACAUACCUAACGACAAUGAUUUCAAUCUUAAUAAAAAUGAUCCGAAGUAUCAGACGUUACCGUACAACACCAAGUUUACCGUGAAUUUCAAAGCCGUCGAAGAUGACGUUAAUAAAAAUAAGAUACAACACAGCGCGAGUGCCUCACAACUCGGACAGAGGACUGCCUUUCAACAAUUCGGUCAUCAAAUCGCCCACAGCCAGUCGCAGUCACACAUACAAGGUCAGUCUCAACCCCUUGGAUCGAAUCAACAGCAACAACAGCAGCAUAAUCAAAAUCUUGGUAACCAGACUGCCAAUUUGCAGGGAAACUGCAACAACAAUACCAACAUGACCGGCAACAACAACAAUAAUCACAAUAACAAUAAUAAUAAUAAUAACAAUAAUAAUAGCAAUAACAAUCUCAUCGGCUCGACACACAAUAAUUUCACGCAGGAGAAUUUGUCACAGAACUUUAGGAUUCAUGCUCAUAACCAACAAUCACAGUUGCAACAACAACAACAACAACAGGCACAGCACGGUAAUACUCAAACGAAGCAAUACAAUUCAACGAGUUCCUCGAGUUCUAGUUUAGGCUCAGCACCGUCCAUCACUCAGGCCCAUAAUCAUCGAAAUCUACAGACACAUCAAAAACCGGUGUCGAGCGUGGCACCAAGUUUUCCUGUUAAAUCUUUAAUUUAUCAAACGUCCUCGACUAAGAUCAAUCCUGUGAUGCCGCAGACCCUCAGUCUGAUAGGUCGAGCCCACUCGACGACCCAAAACUUUGUGGGUUUGAGUGGGUCAAACAACAACAGUCAGCAACAGGCGAAUCAAACGGGGCAAGGAAACGUCAGUUCCACUCAAGAGUCUAAUUACGCGUCGAGGCACAAUUACGGAAGCAAUCAACAGCAGCCACAGCAGCAGCAACAACAACAACAACAACAACAACAACAACAACAACAACAUGGUACUGGUCAGACGAACACUCACGUAUCUUCUUCAACGAUUUAUCAAACCCAAAAUUCACCGAAUCUCGUGGCAAGCGUACAUGCCACUCCAAGUGUAACAACUCUAAAUAGUAAUACGAAUGUUCAACGAUACAAUCAAAACCAAAACGAAUCUCAGAAUGAUAAUAAAAAUAAAUUCGAGCCAACGAAAGUACAGGAUAAAUUCGAACACGUCUUGCCAUCUAAACACGAACAGCAGCAGCAACAACAACAACAACAACAAAUCAGAUACGAUGGAAAUCUCUUUAAAUACGAUAGUCAACAAAUGAAAUACGAUCAACCAUCAAAGAUGUACGAGCAAGGUAUUAAACACGAUCAGAAACACGAGAAUGGGCAAUCGAAACACGAGCAACACCAUAAUGCCAAAUACGAUUCCGGUCAAUCCUCGCAGCAAUACAAACACGAUCAACACGAGAAUCGAAAUUCGGUUAAAUACGAGCAACACGGUGGUAAUACAUCUUUCAAGCACGAGAUAACGAACAAUUCUCAACAAUUCAAGCAAGAGCAAACUAAAUACGAAUCGGGACAAAAUAAAUUCGAAUCGACGUCUUCGAAAUACGAACAAAGCACGACGAUCAAGCACGAUCACAACGUCAAGUUUGAACCACCUAGCAAGCUAUCGGAAAAGCCAUUCGAGUUUGAAAGGUUAAAGAACGAAAACGAGAGAAAGAAUUUGAAUGAAUUGAGAACAGAGGACAAGAUUAAGCCUGCGCUACCCCCAAAACCGAGCAAACCCAAUCCACCUCCUAGGCUGACUCAUCAUGACAAAAUCGAUGUAACUUCGGAUGGACUCAACGAUUGUAAAACGGCGGUUGUUGUUAGCAUUGGUUCCAGAACCGAGAAAGAAGAAGAUAUACCACCUAUUCCUACGUCGGAACCACCGGAAUCACCAACGGACUCUCAACUCAGUAAUCAUCAAAUUAUUAAGGCACGUCCGUUGACGUUGAAGAAGGCACCAAUUUCGGAACAACCUAAGUUGCGAUAUGCUAAAUCGAAUGUUCACGUGUCGAUAAAUCGACGCAUUGAAAUGCCCCCGGCUUUUCUUUUCCCGGAAACUGAAAUACCAGCGGACCUCAUGCAACCUGAACAGCAACAACAACAGCAACAACAGCAACAACAACAACAGCAACAACAACAGCAACAACAGCAACAACAACAACAACAGCAACAGCAACAACAACAGCAACAACAACAGCAACCGCAACCGCAACAGCAACAACAACAACAAUCUCAGCAAAUAAUCGACACGACGGACAGUAAUUGUAAGAAAAAUAAUACGAUUAUCGGCGAGGAUGUAAUUGGAAACGAAAAAUUAGAAGAGUCGGAUAUCAUUGAUGCUUUGAAUAUAAUCAACAUCGAGGAUAAACCUAAAUUAAAAAGUGACACGGAACGUAGAUUAGAAUUAGAUAUAGAUGGUAAGACGUCCGAAGUAAUGAGAAGGAAAAAAGGUAAUCUGAAGUCCAGCACGGGGAAAGCUAAUCUAUCGAGAAGAGUUUCCUUCGACCCACUUGCACUUCUCUUGGACGCCAGCCUAGAAGGUGAGCUCGAACUAGUGAAGAAAACCGCCAAAGAGGUUGCCAAUCCAAGCUCGGCCAAUGACGAGGGCAUAACCGCCCUUCACAACGCCAUAUGUGCUGGUCAUCUUGAAAUCGUGAAAUUUCUUGUUGAAUUUGGCUGCGAUGUUAAUGCUCAAGAUAGCGAUGGAUGGACACCCCUUCACUGUGCCGCGAGUUGCAACAAUCUCUCUAUGGUGAGAUUUUUGGUAGAACACGGUGCUUGCAUUUUUGCAACGACACUUUCCGAUCACGAAACAGCAGCGGAAAAAUGUGAAGAAGACGAAGAGGGCUUUGACGGAUGCUCGGAAUAUUUAUACAGUGUACAAGAGAAAUUAGGAAUUAUGAAUAAUGGUCAAGUGUAUGCGGUUUUUGAUUAUGAGGCGCAACAUAGUGACGAACUUUCUUUAAAAAAUGGUGAUUCUUUGGUCGUGCUUCGUAAAGGUGACGAUAACGAAAGAGAAUGGUGGUGGAGCAAAAUUGGACACAAAGAGGGCUAUGUACCUCGAAACUUACUGGGUUUGUAUCCUAGAGUACAACCAACAAAAACGGACUGAGGCACCUGAUGCCACAUCAUUCGUAAUAUCCGCUAAUAAUUAAUUAUUCAUUAUCACAGUAUUCGAUCAGCAGCUUUAUCUUAUUAAGUAUCGUAGUCCAUUGUCACACAUUACCAAUGUUGUUUUAUUUAAUAAUUACGUGUUAUCUCGCCGAAAGAAAACGAAUACAAAAUUCUGUAUAAUUUUUUUUUUAGAUUUUUUAAGAGAAUACACACAACGCGUGUAGAAGACAAAACGUCCAAGCCCAUACGUGUAUGUGUGCUGGGAUUUAACGUAUAAGUUAUUUUUAUUGACAAAUCUUUCUCUCUUUCUCUCUCUUUC